AUGUCUUCAUCACAGGAGGAUAUCCCAGAACCCGCGGGCUUCACCAACUCGGACUUCCUUCUCGAUCCUUUCACUUACAAUUACCUGAACAGCACCUUCCAACUCAAGGGCAAAGAACCAAGAAGUUAUGAGGGCGGAUAUUCGACAGAUAUCAUGUCUCAAAAAGCCCAGAGCCUACUCCGAGAUGCAGUCAUAGCCGAGAAGCCUUUCUUCCUUACUAUCGCGCCUAUAGCACCACAUGGUAACAUUAACAUGAAUGGUAGCGCAUUGGAUGACAAUCCGGUUUUUGAACACACGGCACCGGUGUCAGCUAAGCGACACGAACAUCUGUUUCAAGGUGUGAAAGUUCCGCGGACGCAAAAUUUCAAUCCUGACACACCCUCCGGAGCCAACUGGCUUCUAGAGCUACCCCAGCAAAGCCCAGAAAAUGUGGAAUACAAUGACCACUACCAUCGACAACGACUCCGGUCACUUCAAGCCGUGGACGAAUUAGUGGAUGAUCUUUUUGCGGAACUUGAAGAAUAUGGUAUUCUUGAUAAUACAUAUGUCUUUUAUAGUAGUGAUAAUGGUUUUCAUAUUGGCCAACAUAGGCUACAGCCUGGAAAAUCAUGCGGAUAUGAGGAGGAUAUAAAUAUACCGCUCAUUGUUCGUGGUCCGGGAGUUGCAGCCAAUUAUACCACGGAGAUCGUAACCACACACACCGAUCUGGCACCAACGUUUUUCAAACUUUUGGGAAUACCUUUAAGAGAUGAUUUCGAUGGCAGGGCUUUCCCUGUUACGCCGGAUGCUAUCGAGUCGACGUUGUCAACACGUGAACAUGUGGCGGUGGAGUACUGGGGAUAUGCCGGUGGCGAGGGUAUUUAUGAUCGCACAUUGCACGAAAACAACACCUACAAAGCAAUCCGCAUCGCGGGACCCACUUACAACCUCUACUACUCCGUCUGGUGUAACAACGAGCAUGAGCUUUAUGACAUGACCAAAGACCCCGGACAAAUGAACAACCUCCUCUCACCAACCGCCGAGCCAGCUUUCUUGGUGGCUGGCUAUCCCUUGGAAAAGGUGGCUAGUCGCUUGGAUUCUUUGCUAUUUGUCCUCAAAUCCUGCAAAGGAAGAGUAUGUCGUGAACCGUGGAAGAAUUUGCAUCCAGACGGCAAUGUUUCCAACCUCGAGGAAGCAUUAUCAUCCAAGUUUGACGACUUUUAUGAAGUCCAGCAGAAUCGAGUGAAGUUUGACUAUUGCUGGAACGGUUAUGUACCGGAAGCAGAAGGCCCUAUGUGGGAGAAACAUGGAUUCUUUCUCAGAGACGGACUUCCAUGGCAUACAUGGGUUUGA